AUGUUACUUAUCCGUCGCGCAAGGUUGCCAUACCUUUCAAUAAACCCUAAAAAUUCUGGCGGCAUAACAAGCUUGAGCGACGGUUUUGCACCUCGUCGCGCAAGGUUCAUUAAAACGGAGUAUUCGCGACGCAUUGUGUCCUUCGUCGCGCAAGAUCCGACAAAUUUUCAGAAAAAUCGCGACAGCCUCCUUUCUUCCUCACUUCCUCUCUCUGCCCUAAACACCCUCACUCUCCGCCGUCACCCCAGCCCAGUGCUCCGCCGGAAAAAGGACCGAGCUGCCACCAUCGUCGAAGCCCAGAGAUUCCCCCGUCGUCGCUGUCGAAGAUUCCGCAGGAAAAGGCUUCGUUUGGCAAAUUCUGCGCCGCCUGUUUUCUCUCUCCUCCAGCCACCAAUUCCGACGCCUGAGAAAUUUCCGACGAUUGUUAUCGCUUUGGACACCCAUGCGCUGCCGGCGCGUGUGGUGGCGCGUGGGGACUAUGGCAAUGGGGCAUUGGGUCCCAGAGCAAUCCCCUAUUUGUCACGAGCACGUAGGUGUGCUCGGAUUUUAAUUUGGUUACCGUUUCAGUCUCGAACGGAUUUCGCCUAUUGUGCGAUUUCCAGAUUUGAUAUGUUCGGACCGUUGGAUCGAACUCAAACUCAUAUGUCAGAUCUGAUUAGACGUCGUAGGUUGAUGACGACUACACCAAGUUCGAAGCCCCCGGCUCGGUCGGCAUCUGCUGCCACUGCUCCAGCAUUGAUGGACCAACUGCCAGGGGUGUCCCAGGUGCCUGCGUCAUCCGCUUCAUCAAUGGCGCAACUUGUUAGCGCUAGGCGGCAGCACCGGCCCGCAAGCACCACCGGCACGACGUCGACCGACGGUACUGUUGCCUCGGGGUCACAGCCAGGUAUAGAUAUCCCUUCAACUACGGCGAAGGUCACCCGGGUGAGCAACAGUCGUAUCAGCAUCGGAUACGACAAGCGCCAUCAGGCUGCACCGACAGCGGAGUUGCAUAGCUCCUUGGCCCAUGACAUUGGCCACGUCGUUCGGACCCAUUGCCCGAUGCACUGGAAGUUUUGGAAGGUCGUGCCUGACGAGAUCAAGAUGGAGGUUCGCGGCCAGUUGUCGACGAACUAUAACUUAGAGGACCUCAACAAGGAGUCGUUGGCGUACGUCAACAGACUCUUCGGUGAGAGGUACAAGCAGUGGAAGAGCGACUUGCACCACCAUUUUCAGGCGUUUGAUGAUCCGGAAGUCGCUCUUCGAGAGGGUUGCCCGAAGGAGCUUGAGGGGCGGGAGGAUAGUUGGGCAUGGCUCUGCACUCAUUUUCAGGCGCCCGAUUAUGUGAAUAAAACCCAAGUGAAUAAGGGCAAUAGGAAAAAGAAGACUCUUCUCCACCAUUCCGGCUCCAGGCCCUUCUCAUAUAGGAUGGAUGCACGGCGGCGGGGGGUGUCGAAAUUCCCAGAGAUCGACGUCUUUGGUGACGUUUAUGUUCAACCUGGGAAUGAGUUGGCCGAGUCCCUUCAUACGACGAUGGUGGAGAGGAGCCAGUUGGUUCUUCAGGGAUCUGCCUCCCAACUUCCUCCCGAGACUCCGAUCGAGUCUGUGGAUCCUCCACAUGAUGCUGGAUUUCAAAUCUUGACGAAGACGUUGGAUCAGACUCUCGGGAGGAGACCAGGAACAUAUUGUAGAGGGAUAGGGAAUGCCCGAUAG